AGGUAGAAUCAACGGGAGUCGGUCAGAGCCAAGGCAGCGUCGGCCGUCGAGUUUCGAGUCAGUGUGUCACUGGAGAUCGUGCAGUAGGGAGCAACGCCACUGGCUCUGUGUUUCAGCGCGCACAUGUUCGUUUCGAGAGCGGUUUGUUUUGUGCGUUGCUCUGAUACAUGACGAUUUGAGGAUGUGCGUUGUUUUAAGCGAUAGCAUGUCAUUCCGUUUGACCUAAUACAGACACUUGGACGGAAUUGCAAGCAUUUUCCCAUCUAUAUGUGAACUGGAAAUUUGCCUUUUGUUUUUCAAAUUUUAAAGAACUUUGUUCCGUGAAAAGUUCGCAGCUCGAGAGUUCGAAAUCCCCCCAGAUUUUAAUGGUGACAGUCAAUUUGCCAAAUCUCACCUGGCCCACUGGACAAACGCUUCGCCUGGUCCAUUCAACGAAGUUUUCCUAAGACAUGUAUUUGGUGGAUGGAUAAGAAAUAAGCCUCUGGCAGCACAGCUGCCAUGACGAAGAAGCAAAGGCUUUGGCAAUGGACUUGGGUGUGGCUGUGGGUAUGGACGAGGGUAAGGUGUGAAGGAGCUGUCAUACCUCCUCGAUGGGUAAACGCUACGCUCAAUCCAUGUGCAAAGAAGUCUUGGCAAUUACUCUACUGGCCUGAAGACAACUCUUGCUAUCAAAUCUUCACACAGGGUCCUUGUAAUGACACUCAAGAAUUUUAUUACAAUCUAUCGUCUGGGAAAGGAGCCUGCCGAUGUCCACGGGACAAAGUACUCCAUAGGCCAACUGGACUCUGCUUUGAUGAAUAUUCAAAAGGGCCUUGCCCUCCCAGACAAUUUCUGGCUGGUAGAGAAGAAAGCAACAUAGGAAUAUGUCAAGAUUUCCUGGAGUGUCCACCCAGACAUGUAUUCUGGCCUCGUAACAACAAGUGUUAUGAACUUCACACUCAAGGACCAUGCCUAAAUGGAUAUCUUUUAUACAUCAAUCCAGCAACAGGAUUCCCUGACUGUGGAUGUGACAAGAAUCUCAUGUUCAGCAACUACUGGUCCCUCACUGGGUUAUGCUUUGAACUAUUCAAACGCGGGCCUUGUCUGGAAGGAAAUAUUUUCCUAUAUAAUGCUACGAAGGGUUCAACACAAUGCAGCUGCAGUUCUUCAAUCUUAACCAACUACCAUAACCACAGUAAUGGAUGCUAUGAAUUAAAUCACCAAGGACCAUGUAAUCCUGGCCAGAUUUUUAAUUUUGACCCACACGUUAUGGUAACUGCUUGCGGGUGUCGCCAAGAUCAUGCUCUGUGGCCACUCAAUGGCCACUGCUAUAGAAUCUAUUCUAAAGGACCUUGUGAGAAGGGCCACUUUUUCAUAUCUACUACAAACUUAACAGACCCCACUGGCGAAUGCUCUCCAUACCCAUGUACUGGAACCAGCCGUUAUUAUCCCGAAACUAAUGAAUGCUAUAAGCUUGGAUGGCGAGGACCAUGUCCUGAAGGACAACUGUUUAUAUAUGAUGAAGAGUCACCACUUCGGGGCACUUGUGGAUGUACAGAAGAACUUAUAGGUUACUGGCCUGAAGAUGCUAAAUGUUAUGAGUUAGGUGGCACUGGACCUUGCCAACACUCACAGGUGUUGUCAUAUGAAAAAGCAACUGGACGUGUACACUGUACCUGUGAUCUCAAGAAGGGUUAUGUAAAAUGGCAAGAUGGACACUGUUAUAGGUUGGAGAGCCGUGGACCUUGCAGUACCGGAGAAAUACUAACGGUUAAAAGAUGGCGUCCGGUUACUCCCAUUUGCACCUCAGUCAAUUCACCUGUUGUUCCCAACAGCCCCCUUUUAGUAGGCCAUAAAGAAAUAAAAGACGGCUCACCUGGGCCCCAUCCCAUUGAAGAAAGUAAUAAUGUUGAAGCGGCAAGAGUUGACAGUACAAUUACACUUGGCACUCUUAAUGAUACAAUUACAUCAGACAAUACAACGAUACCAAGCAAUCAUCGAUCUGCUAAAUCUCUCGCACCUGAAUCUGGAAGUCAAAAUCAGCAAUUCCGACCUGCCCCAACAAACAUAUACUCUCUGGGAGAGAUGGACAGCACUCAUACAAAUGACGAAGAGGAAACAAUAUACACGCAAAGAUCUGGACGGUCUAUGGGCAACAGUGAGACAUGGGGGCUGCUUGAUAGCAGUUAUUUCAAAAUACCAGGGGAAGACACUGAAAUAUACUUUACUGGAAGGCCAGAUGGAGCUAGAUCAUUGACACCAUGGUGGGGUCAGUUACCCUCAUCAAGAUAAAAUAGGACAUUCAAUUAUUGGGCAUUAAGGUGUUCUAUGCACCCUAUUCACCUGUGAUAUUAAUGUUACAAGUAGAGCAUACUAUGUGAAAUUAGUUUGAGUAAUAUAGUAAAUUAGUAUUUCAAUGAAUAAUUUAAAUUAGCUAGAGAAAUAUAUAAUAUGUACUACAUCAGGAUGACAUAUAUACAAGAAGAGAUGCAAUUUGCCUCUAAAGUACUCAAGUAAAAUGAGUACGUAUAAGGCUUCAAUAUUAAGUGUGUCAGAACAAAUUACAGUACAUACAGCAUUACAAAUCAAAAUUCACUAUGGAAAAUGGAAAAAAAGUGUCUACAUUUCUCCUUGUCUACCUUGCAGCUGCAGUCACUAACUCUGAUUAAUAUGGUUUCAGACUUGUAGCAAGCUAAGUGGAGAGGGAACUUAUUUGUAAGCUUUCUUAUGGAAAGCUAAUACAUAGAGCACACUACUAUAUAUGCUGUUAUUAUAUAAGCUUCUAAACACAAAGUUAUAAGAACCAUCAAUAAAAGAUUCAGAAUGAGAUCUUACAUAUAUAUAUAUGCAAAAUAUGCCUUGUAAUUUUUGUAUGACAAUCUUGAGAAAUAAUAAUGUACAAUAAUAUGUAAAUCAUUUUAGUUUUUCCUGUUUGACAUUCUGAUUGACAUUAUGUGAAGACAUCCGUCAUCAGCGCUGCACAGUAAUUUUUCAAAAGAUGCUUGGGACCUUUAAAUUGCAAACAUAUUGCUCUACUACCUUAUUAAAAAUAUUUAAAAUAAAAUAAAGAA